CGGUGACGGAGGCGGUGGAACAGCAAAUCGCAUAUUUGUUGUCGUGGUAUUAAAUAAUGGGUUCAUAAAUAUUUACUUACUUGCUUCUUAACUUCGCGAUAAUGUUCAAUGACUCUUAGUGCCAAACUACAUUUAUAGAUGUGAAAAGAAUUUUAUUUAUGGAUUAAAAUAAUAAUGUUUGUGCAGUGCUAGUGCUAUUGAUAACGCUGUCAAGCUCAGCUGGGUUUCAUUUCAACGAGCGGUAAAAAUCUCGCGAUUUUUUCUAGGUAGCGGAAAGCACUUUUGUGCUCCAGUUCCUCAAGUGAAAACUUAACAUGCGGGCGAUUGAUAAAAUAGGUUCAUGAACAAUAAAAAAAAAUCGGGGUGUAUCAAUAAAGUGAAUCAAGAAUGAGCGAAUCGCAAGAAACGACGGCGAGUGACGCGGCGCUGCAGCCGGCCGUGUCAUCGACGUCGCUAGUAGGAGAUGCAUCUCCCCCUGGCUCCACAGCAUCCCAGAGCACAGCUGCAGCUUCAGUCAAGUCCGCAGAAUCUACCAGACCCUCGAGCCUGCCAAAACCAUCAGGACUCAAGCCUCCCAGCAAGAUUGGCAGGCUGUGUUCCAACUCAGCCCCAAAACCAGCUGUCCCCAUCUCUCCACGGACAGACGGCAGCUCCGACGCUGUGAGGAAGCUCAGCGACGACUUAUCUAGAAAACAUUUAUCAGACCUCAUAGAAGCCGAGGAGGACGAGGUGUCCAGCAGUCUGCCCGACAGACCGCGCUCGCAUCGCAAGGCAUCUACCAGCAGCACGUACAGCGUCACGUCGAUGGACGCGCUGUGGGAGAAGCACCCGCGGCGCCUCAGCGAGGCCGGCCUGCGCAGGUCCUCAGAUCACAGUGUUGUUCUAACGGAGGACACUGACAGCUUCAUUAUCGGCGAGCGCGUGUGGGUGGGCGGCACCAAGCCCGGCCAGAUCGCGUACAUCGGAGAAACUCAGUUCGCGCCCGGCGACUGGGCGGGAAUCGUGCUCGACGAUGCCAUCGGCAAAAACGACGGAUCAGUUGCUGGCGUCCGCUACUUCCAAUGCUCGGAAAAGCGCGGUGUGUUCUCUCGUCUGACGCGACUGACGCGUGCCCCGCUAGCGACACAUGAUGGGUCGCCUACGUCAGACGCGGGCAGCGUGUUCGAGCGCCCGCCUUCUGGGGUGGGACGCUACCGCCGCACGCUGUCGCCCAACGGCAGCGUGCGCAGCGUUGUCAGCAGCAAAAUGAAUGCGUCUAUUUCGACUACGACAAACGGGGAACUUCGCCUCGGAGACAGAGUCAUAGUAUCCAGCAGUCGCGGGAGCAAAGCUGGUACCCUGAAAUAUGUUGGCGUUACCGACUUCGCUUCAGGCGUUUGGGCGGGUGUUGAACUUGACGACCCGAUCGGCAAGAACGACGGCUCCGUUGAAGGAAAGAGGUACUUUGAAUGUGCGCCUCGUUUUGGCUUGUUCGCGCCCAUCGCUAAGGUAUCACGCUCGCCCUCCAACCGCAAGCCUGGAGCCUGCGCGAUCCACAACAACAACGGCCGCAUGACGCCCAUGAGACGCUCCAACUCGCGCGAAUCCCUCACGUCACUCGGCACGUCGAUCGCGUCCUCGCGCGCGACGGGGGUGAGGCUCGGGGUGACGGCGCUCGGCGCUCAGCGAGUGGGUGGGCCGCGAGCGUCGUCCACCCCUGUCUCGGCGAAGAACGCACUGCAGGAGAUGCUUCGCGAAAAACAACAUCACUUAGAGCGACUGAUGCGAGAACGGGAGCUAGAGCGGACGGAGGUGGCCAAGGUGUCUCUGCAGGCCAACCGCGCUGAGACCGCCCUCGAGCAGCUGAAGAAGGAAUCCGCACAGACAAGCACUGAGAACGGCAAGCUGAAAGCCGAGUUGGACCGUCUGACGCAGCAGCUAGAAGACGAGAGACAGAAGGUGGAGGAUCUGCUCUUCAAACACGAAGAGGAAAACAUCAACAAGGAGGACUACAAUAAAUACAAAGAUGCAAUGGAGGCCGAGAAAUUCGCCCGCGACCAGCGAAUCCGCGAGCUGGAAGCAGAGGUGGCGCUGCAAGCUGCGCGCGCGGACGCGGCCGCGGCCACUCUGCGCGCCGGCGACCAGCAGCGCGCCGCCGAGCUGGCCGCGCUCGCCGACCAGCACCGCGAGGAGCUCGCCGCUGCCCACACAUUGUCUUCCGAGCUUCAAAAACUCCUGGACGAAGCUUAUGCCCUGCUCAAAGAAAAAGACAGCGAGAAGGACUCCAUCGGCAAGAGCAUGUCGGAGGAGCUCUCCAAAGUCAAGGCCGAGGCUGAAAAGGCCUUGGCCGAGGCCAAGUCUAAAAUCUCCAUCGCACAAACAGAGUUCGACACUCAAAUAUCCGUCCUCACCGCUAAACUGCAACUGGCCGAGUCCAAACUGGAAUCGGAGAAACAGAACUUGGAAAGGCUUAAUAAGGAGAACAGUCAGACUGUCAUUGACUUGAAUGCGAAGCUAGCGCAACUCCAGGCUUCAGUCGAUGAUAAGACGCAUGAGUUGAAUAAAGUUAUCGGGGCAAGUAAAGAGCACGAACUGAACCUGAACAAGGAAAUAACUAAGCUCAAAAUGGAACUCAGCUCAAAAAUAUUAGAUUUGGAACAAUUAGGAGAAGCGAAGACAAAACAAGAUUCGAGCUGUAAAGUCUUGCAAGAAGAGAUCGCUAAAGUCCGGGAAGAGCACGCAGCAAAAGUCAAUGAGUAUGAAAGCCUAUUAAACGAAAUCACACAACAAAAUGAAAAGAGCAAAUCAGAUAUUGCAGAAUUGCAGCAAAGUUUAGCCGCCAAAACUAGAGAAUAUGAAAAAUUACUUCACGAAUCAAGUGACUCGUCCAGUUCUACUGAACAACUUAUAAACGAAUACAAACAAAACAUCCACGAAAGAGACAAGGAAAUUAUAAAAUUAAAAGACGAUUAUGAACAGGCUACGGCAAACUUUAAUAUCAAGCAUAGCAAAAUUGCAGAAGAACAUAAGAAAGAAAUCGAUAAUCGUAAUUCAAAAAUAGAAGAGCUUAUGAAAGAAAUAGAGAAUCAUAAGCAAACUUUAGAUCAGAACAAAGUGGAGCUCGAUACUCUUAACUCGCAAUUUACGCACAACGCUUAUGAACUGAAGACAGCAAAAGAAGAGAACGAACGUCUUAAACAACAAAUAAAUGAACUAACUCAAGCCAAUAACGAGUUAAAAGAUAAAAUAUCUGCAUUGACAUUAGAGAUCGGUGAACUUAAACGACACCUUGCCAGUACUUUGGAAAAGUGUGAAGACUUGCAGAAAUCUAAAGAUAAAAUCGAAACCGAAUAUAUGAAUCUUACUGGACAGGCGACUGACUCUAAUGAACAAUUUAACAAACUGUCGCAACAUCUUAAAGACUCAGAAAAGGCGUUGGAAGAAUUCAAAGAUAAAGCGCGUGAGGCAGCUAAUAUUCACGGUAGAAUGGAACAAGAAUUAAAACAGAAACUAUUUAAGCUUCAAGAAGAUUUUUCGUUAGAACGUGGUCAAUUAGUAAAAUCAAAUGAUGAACGGAUAGAAGAACUGAAAUUGGCAGACAGUAAAAUUAAAGAACUUGAAAAUAAAUCCAAUGAGAUGUCUAAUCAUAUGAAAGAAUUGGAAUCUAAGGCAGAUCAAUUGAUGGACGAAAAUACUAAUUUAAAGCAAGAGAUCGUUAAUCUGAAAACUAGAGAACAAGAGCUAAACAACGAAUACGAAACCAUGUGCAAAAAGGUAGACGUAGAUAUUGAGAAGUAUAAGGAAGAGAUUGCAAUUUUGAAAGCUGACGGGGCUACAUCACAAGUCACGUUAAUGGAAAAAGUAGACCAAUUAACUGAAGCCCAGAAUGAGUUGAACAAUAAACUAGAAGAAGCUAGAAAGAAUGAAGAUUCAUUACAAAAGGUUAUCAACGACAUGAACUUGCAACUGGGUAAUCAAAAAAGCCAAUAUGAGAAAGAAUUAGAACAAGUUCAUACCCAAUUAAGUGCUGUGAGUGACGAUUUAAAAGCUAGUAGGGGUGAGGGCGAACAGCUAAAGCAAUCUCUACAAGAAAAAGAAAACAGCAUUAAAGAACUUUCACGCAAAUUGGAAAUGCUAGAUGUAGAUCUGAAGUCUAACCUAGAAAUAGUGACUGAAAAAGAACGCCAAAUUGCACAAAUUAACGAAGAACUCAACGGUGCUUUAGAAAGUAAAAAACAGCUAGAAGAAAAACUUAAUGCAAGUACCCUAGAGUACUAUACUUUGAAGCAGCAAUAUGAAGCCCUUGCUAGUAAUUCUUCCGCCGAAGAAUCCGUUUUAAGGGAACAACUCAACCAGUUAGAAUCCUUACGAAAAGAAAUGGUUGUUUUAAACCAAGACAAAAACACUAUUGAAACAAAAUAUCAAGAAGAAUCAGCCCAGUUAGAAAAAUUAAAAACAGAACAUGAAGAAACUUUACAGAAAUUAAAUGAAAACAUUACAGCUAACGCCAACCUUACCAAAGCCUUAGAAGAACAAAAAAGUGUAAUUCAAAACGAAAGUCAGAAGAGUGAAAAUAAUUCCACCAAGGUUAAACAUUUAGAAGACGAAAUCUCUCGACUGAGUCAAGAAAUCCAAACCAGUGCAGCAAAAGAAAACGAAUUGAAUUUACUAAAUGAAAACCUAAAUAAAGCAAUUGCUGAAUUGAAAAACCAAAAUGAAGAAUUAAAUGAAAAAUAUAAAGUAGAAACAGAAUCUCUAAAAAAUACCGUUAAGCCUUUACAAAAUCGUGUAGAAGAACAAGAUAAACAAUUAGAAGAGUUACAACAAGCCAAAGAAAGGGUGACUGAAUUGCAACAAAUAAUUGCCAAAUCGGAAAGUGAUAUUAAGCAACUAACAAGUAUAAAUGAAGGUCAAAAGACGAAUUAUGAAGAUUUGAAUAAACAACUGCAAAAACAGUACGAGGAAUACAAGAAGGAAGCCAAACGUGCAAAACACGACCUAAAAGCUCAAGUAGAAAUGUAUGACAAAGAAUUGAAGGAAUCCAAAGAGAAAGUUAAAGUUGAGAUGGAAAAGCAAUAUGCAUUGCAACAAAAACUAAGUGACGCCGAGAAGAAUAUAGUAGAACUAAACAAUAAGUUAGAGUUAGUGACAGUUCAGCAGAGUGCUAGUGUGGAGAAGGAUGAUAAUUUAGAGAAAUUGACAUUAGAGUUGCAAGCUAUUAGGAAAAGUACCUCUGAAGCCUUAUCGAAGAACGAGACCACUAUCAACGCGUUGAAGAAUGAGGUGGAACAAAGAAAGAUAGAGUUGAAACAAAAGCAAGAGCUCAUUACAAAACUCCAAGAAGAUGUAAAGAAUCUUAAAGCCAAAGCUGAAAUCGCGGAGAGAGAGAAGGUACUAAUGAUGAAAGACAUGGCGUCGAAAAAGGACAUUCGAGACAAGAACGAUAACAACGCUGUAGGGCUGCACGGAGCCGGCGACGUCCCUGCACAAAACGUGGAACAGCAGGCUGAAAUGGAGGGCCAGGUGUCGUUCCUGAACUCGGUGAUCGUGGACAUGCAGCGCAAGAACGAGAUGCUGCUGGCGCGGGUGCAGGCGCUCGAGGGCGGAGCACCCGACGAGCCCGUCUUCAACGGUCGCAAGCCGCGCGCAGUAGCGCCGCGGCUGUGGUGCGACAUCUGCGACGUGUUCGACGCGCACGACACCGAGGACUGCCCGCGCCAGGCCGCCGGCACGCCGCCCGACGCCCCGCCGCCCGCCGCCGGCAAGAAACCGCCGCCACCACCCCGGCCCUACUGCGACAUCUGUGAAGGUCCUACUACAUCUGCGACGUGUUCGACGCGCACGACACCGAGGACUGCCCGCGCCAGGCCGCCGGCACGCCGCCCGACGCCCCGCCGCCCGCCGCCGGCAAGAAACCGCCGCCACCACCCCGGCCCUACUGCGACAUCUGUGAAGGUAACUACUAGUCCUACUAGGUCCUACUACAUCUGCGACGUGUUCGACGCGCACGACACCGAGGACUGCCCGCGCCAGGCCGCCGGCACGCCGCCCGACGCCCCGCCGCCCGCCGCCGGCAAGAAACCGCCGCCACCACCCCGGUCCUACUACAUCUGCGACGUGUUCGACGCGCACGACACCGAGGACUGCCCGCGCCAGGCCGCCGGCACGCCGCCCGACGCCCCGCCGCCCGCCGCCGGCAAGAAACCGCCGCCACCACCCCGGUCCUACUACAUCUGCGACGUGUUCGACGCGCACGACACCGAGGACUGCCCGCGCCAGGCCGCCGGCACGCCGCCCGACGCCCCGCCGCCCGCCGCCGGCAAGAAACCGCCGCCACCACCCCGGUCCUACUACAUCUGCGACGUGUUCGACGCGCACGACACCGAGGACUGCCCGCGCCAGGCCGCCGGCACGCCGCCCGACGCCCCGCCGCCCGCCGCCGGCAAGAAACCGCCGCCACCACCCCGGUCCUACUACAUCUGCGACGUGUUCGACGCGCACGACACCGAGGACUGCCCGCGCCAGGCCGCCGGCACGCCGCCCGACGCCCCGCCGCCCGCCGCCGGCAAGAAACCGCCGCCACCACCCCGGUCCUACUACAUCUGCGACGUGUUCGACGCGCACGACACCGAGGACUGCCCGCGCCAGGCCGCCGGCACGCCGCCCGACGCCCCGCCGCCCGCCGCCGGCAAGAAACCGCCGCCACCACCCCGGUCCUACUACAUCUGCGACGUGUUCGACGCGCACGACACCGAGGACUGCCCGCGCCAGGCCGCCGGCACGCCGCCCGACGCCCCGCCGCCCGCCGCCGGCAAGAAACCGCCGCCACCACCCCGGUCCUACUACAUCUGCGACGUGUUCGACGCGCACGACACCGAGGACUGCCCGCGCCAGGCCGCCGGCACGCCGCCCGACGCCCCGCCGCCCGCCGCCGGCAAGAAACCGCCGCCACCACCCCGGUCCUACUACAUCUGCGACGUGUUCGACGCGCACGACACCGAGGACUGCCCGCGCCAGGCCGCCGGCACGCCGCCCGACGCCCCGCCGCCCGCCGCCGGCAAGAAACCGCCGCCACCACCCCGGUCCUACUACAUCUGCGACGUGUUCGACGCGCACGACACCGAGGACUGCCCGCGCCAGGCCGCCGGCACGCCGCCCGACGCCCCGCCGCCCGCCGCCGGCAAGAAACCGCCGCCACCACCCCGGUCCUACUACAUCUGCGACGUGUUCGACGCGCACGACACCGAGGACUGCCCGCGCCAGGCCGCCGGCACGCCGCCCGACGCCCCGCCGCCCGCCGCCGGCAAGAAACCGCCGCCACCACCCCGGUCCUACUACAUCUGCGACGUGUUCGACGCGCACGACACCGAGGACUGCCCGCGCCAGGCCGCCGGCACGCCGCCCGACGCCCCGCCGCCCGCCGCCGGCAAGAAACCGCCGCCACCACCCCGGCCCUACUGCGAUAUCUGUGAAGCCCGCGCCAGGCCGCCGGCACGCCGCCCGACGCCCCGCCGCCCGCCGCCGGCAAGAAACCGCCGCCACCACCCCGGCCCUACUGCGACAUCUGUGAAGGUAACUACUAGUCCUACUAGGUCCUACUACAUCUGCGACGUGUUCGACGCGCACGACACCGAGGACUGCCCGCGCCAGGCCGCCGGCACGCCGCCCGACGCCCCGCCGCCCGCCGCCGGCAAGAAACCGCCGCCACCACCCCGGUCCUACUACAUCUGCGACGUGUUCGACGCGCACGACACCGAGGACUGCCCGCGCCAGGCCGCCGGCACGCCGCCCGACGCCCCGCCGCCCGCCGCCGGCAAGAAACCGCCGCCACCACCCCGGUCCUACUACAUCUGCGACGUGUUCGACGCGCACGACACCGAGGACUGCCCGCGCCAGGCCGCCGGCACGCCGCCCGACGCCCCGCCGCCCGCCGCCGGCAAGAAACCGCCGCCACCACCCCGGUCCUACUACAUCUGCGACGUGUUCGACGCGCACGACACCGAGGACUGCCCGCGCCAGGCCGCCGGCACGCCGCCCGACGCCCCGCCGCCCGCCGCCGGCAAGAAACCGCCGCCACCACCCCGGUCCUACUACAUCUGCGACGUGUUCGACGCGCACGACACCGAGGACUGCCCGCGCCAGGCCGCCGGCACGCCGCCCCGCCGCCCGCCGCCGGCAAGAAACCGCCGCCACCACCCCGGCCCUACUGCGACAUCUGUGAAGGUAACUACUAGUCCCACUAGGUCCUACUACAUCUGCGACGUGUUCGACGCGCACGACACCGAGGACUGCCCGCGCCAGGCCGCCGGCACGCCGCCCGACGCCCCGCCGCCCGCCGCCGGCAAGAAACCGCCGCCACCACCCCGGUCCUACUACAUCUGCGACGUGUUCGACGCGCACGACACCGAGGACUACCCGCGCCAGGCCGCCGGCACGCCGCCCGACGCCCCGCCGCCCGCCGCCGGCAAGAAACCGCCGCCACCACCCCGGCCCUACUGCGACAUCUGUGAAGCCCGCGCCAGGCCGCCGGCACGCCGCCCGACGCCCCGCCGCCCGCCGCCGGCAAGAAACCGCCGCCACCACCCCGGCCCUACUGCGAUAUCUGUGAAGGUAACUACUAGUCCUACUAGGUCCUACUACAUCUGCGACGUGUUCGACGCGCACGACACCGAGGACUGCCCGCGCCAGGCCGCCGGCACGCCGCCCGACGCCCCGCCGCCCGCCGCCGGCAAGAAACCGCCGCCACCACCCCGGUCCUACUACAUCUGCGACGUGUUCGACGCGCACGACACCGAGGACUGCCCGCGCCAGGCCGCCGGCACGCCGCCCGACGCCCCGCCGCCCGCCGCCGGCAAGAAACCGCCGCCACCACCCCGGUCCUACUACAUCUGCGACGUGUUCGACGCGCACGACACCGAGGACUGCCCGCGCCAGGCCGCCGGCACGCCGCCCGACGCCCCGCCGCCCGCCGCCGGCAAGAAACCGCCGCCACCACCCCGGCCCUACUGCGACAUCUGUGAAGGUAACUACUAG